AUGUCAAGUAACAUUGAAAUGCAACAAACCAAUAACUGGAUCGAAGAAAUUACAUCUAAAAAUCAAAUAAAAUAUUACGAAUAUAAAAAUUUUCAUAAUAUUGAAAAAAUAGGAAACAAUGAUUUUAAUGAUUUUGGAGAAGUUUAUCGUGCAAAAUUGAAAAAUUCGGAUCAAUAUUUUACAUUGAAAUCAUUUAAUCUUGAUAAUGUCACUGUAAAAGAAAUAAUUUAUGAGUUUGAACUUCAUCGUGAAGUCGAUUUUCAAAAAAAUAUUAUUCAAUUUUUUGGUAUUACAAAUGAAGAAAAUCAAAACGAUCAAUCGAGACAAUAUUUAAUAGUAAUGGAGUAUGCUGAUAGCGGUUCUCUUCAAAGCUACUUGAAAGAAAACUUUAUUAAACUUUCAUGGGAAGAUAAAUACAAAUUAGCGUACCAACUAGCUUGUGCUGUAUCAUAUUUACAUGAUAAAGGAAUUGAACAUCGGAAUUUGUGCUCCAAUAAUAUAUUAAUUCACCAAAAUACUAUCAAAUUAACUGACUUUGGAUUAUCAAAAAGAAUAAAAGUAGUAUCUGAACAAAAAGAAUCAGACCUAUUUGAAAUGAUUCCUUAUACUGAUCCAAAGUGGCUAAAUCAUAAUAAUAAUUUUAUACAAUCAUAUUCAUUAAAUAAAAAGAGUGAUGUUUACAGUAUUGGAGUAAUUUUAUGGGAGAUAUCAAGUGGCCAACCACCAUUUAAAGAUGAAUCACAUGACGCUGAUUUAAUUAUGCGAAUUGUACAAGGUUAUAGAGAAAUCGUUGUUUCAGAUACUCCUUCCAAUUAUUCUAUUCUUUAUACUGAAUGUUGGGACAAUGAACCAAAUAACAGACCAACUAUGAACCAAGUAGUUUCCAAAUUAAAAGUAAUUAUCACUAAUUCAAAUAUUAUAAUAGAAGAUUAUUUAAUUCAAUCAUUAAACAAGCAACAACUUAAUUUAGAAAAUAUCAAUACAUUAAUUACUCAUAAUAAUGUAUUAUAUAAAGAAAUAUUUCAAGAUUUUACUAAAAUUUAUAUGAGAGAAAUAGAACCUAAUGCUCAAAAUAUUCAUGAUGUUAUAUUUGAAGAAGAAUUAGGUGUUGUAGUUGAUGAGUUGGUUAACCUUCAUUGUAAGGAACUAAAUAGUGGAAAAGAAGACAAUAUAAGAAAACAACAUACUCUUGAUCAUAUUAAUAAUUACAAGAUAAGUGUACAAGAAAUCUAUUAUUGGUUAUUAAAUAAUCAAAAAGAUUCAAAUUCUGUUUAUUUAUUUGGAUAUUUUAAUUGUAAGGGUAUUGGGAUUGAUAUUGAUAAUCAAAAAACAUUUGGAUUGUAUAAAAAAGCGGCAGAAUUAGAAAAUAUUGCUGCCCAAUUAGAGCUUGCCGAUAUAUAUAUUCAUGGAAAGGGUAUUGGAAAAAAUUACAUUAAAGCUUUUGAAUUAUCAGAGAAAUUAACAAAAGAAGGAAAUCCAAAUGCAAUAAAUAGGUUAGGUUAUUGUUACAAACAUGGAGUUGGAACGGAUAUUAAUACAGAAAAAGCAUUUGAAUUAUAUCAAAAAGCAGCAAAUUUAGGAAAUAUGAGAGCUCAAUGUAAUCUUGCUUUAAUGUAUAAAGAUGGAAGUGGUAUUAAUGUUGAUUAUAAAAAAACUUUUGGAUUAUUAAAAAAACCAGCAGAGGAAGAACAUUCAGUUGGAAUGAAUUUGUUAGGAUAUUGUUAUCAUUUUGGUAUCGGAACAAGCAUAAAUUUGCAAAAAGCGUUAGAAUUAUAUCAAAAAUCUGCAAAAUUAGGAAAUUGUUAUGCUCAAUAUAAUCUUGGUGCAAUGUACGAAAAUGGAGAGGGAGUUGAAAUAGAUAUUGAUCAAGCAAUAUUUUGGUAUAAAAAAUCUGCUGAAAAAGGAAAUGAAGGCGCUCAAAUUAGAUUAUAUUAUUUACUAAUAGAGUGA